AUGGGUACGGCCACUACCCCCACCCAAAGGUGGUAUCAUUGGUAUUCUCCGGACGAUACGCCCGAAGAGAAGAAGUUAGUGUUAAAGCUUGAUCUUUUGAUCGUCCCAUAUGCAUUCAUUGUCUAUUGGGUCAAGUACAUUGACCAGGGGAAUAUCAACAAUGCAUAUCUGUCAGGGAUGGCUGAAGAGCUUGGCUUCAAUGGGAAUGAAUUAGUCCAUUUCCAGACUAUUUUUACUGUUGGGAACGUCGUUGCGCUUUUGCCUUUCAUGUACCUCUUUCCUCGGGUGCCGAUGCAUUAUCUCGUCCCCACUCUCGAUCUCAUGUGGGGAAUUUUCACUCUGCUGCAGUAUAGAGCCACGAGCUAUGCAGAAAUUAUGGCUUAUAGGUUUUUAGUCUCAAUCUUCGAGGCAUCUUACUUCCCUGGUGUGCACUUUGUUCUCGGAUCCUGGUAUAAAAGCAACGAGAUAGGAAGACGAGGAGGGGCCUUCUACGUUGGCCUCACCCUAGGCUACCUGACCGCUAGUCUUCUGCAGAGUGCCACACUCGACUACCUAGAUGGGGUUAACGGACUGGCAGGGUGGCGAUGGCUUUUCAUCAUUAACGCUAUAAUUACCCUACCCCUUGCGAUUAUUGGCUACUUUAUUUACCCCGGGACAAUUGAUAAGCCUAACCGUCUCGUUGUUUCACAACGUGAUCUAGAUCUAGCUCGCAGGCGACUAGAAAAACAGGGAUCCCAAGUUAAAAGCGCCUCUUUCUCAUGGGCACUCGCCAAGAAGCUGUUUUUAUCGAAGCGAUUCUGGCUGGUUCUUAUAUGGGAUGGCUUCUUUUUCAACUCUAGCGCCAACACAGCGUCCUUUCUGUUGUGGUUAAAGAGCCUCCAUCGCUACAGUUCCGCAGCACAGAAUGAACUCAACUCAAUCAGCCCAGCACUCGGGAUAUUUUUUAUUCUCUUCAUCAACGUCAGCACAGACUUAUGGCUUGAUCGCGCCUGGGCUAUUGCGCUGGCUUCGAGCAUCAACUUUACGGGACUGGUCAUUCUGGCUAUCUGGGAUGUGCCCGAAGGAGCCAAAUGGUUUGCUUACAGUGUGCAAUACUCGGCAGUCGCAGUAUCUUCUGUACUAUAUGGAUGGAUGAACGUCCUUUACCGUGAUAACCUCGAGGAGCGCGCCAUCGUGCUAGUUCUGACCACUGCUGUUUCCACAAUGUGGACAUGUUGGAUCCCACUCUUCACGUACCCAACUGUGGAAGGGCCUCGUUUUAUCAAAGGAUACCCCUUUUCUGCAGUCAUGACUGCUUGCUUGGUGGCUAUGACGUUCGUUAUUCGUUACACUUAUGGCCCGAACGGUGAGAAGAAUAUAACACACGCGAACGAUGGGAAUGGGUCUAAGGACAAUUCAACAGGCACACUUGCGGUGUCUACAACCGAGGGAGCGAAGAAGGACCAGGUUUCGGUUGUGGGGACC